AUGUCUGAGUCACGUCUGGACCAGUCCCUCGAGUCGAUCAUCAGCUCGAGGAAGCAGUCGGCGCGCAAGGGCCGCGGCGGCCGUCGCCCUGAUGCUGGUCGCCCUGCCGCACCUGCCACUCCCGUCGGUGGUGUCAAGAAGUCUACGAAGCAGGCCAAGCAACCCAAGGCAGCUCCUACUGGCCCCGCGCCUUCUGGUGGCGAGAGCAAGAUCAUGAUCUCCAACUUGCCGUUGGACGUUGAGCAAGGUCAACUUCAGGAAUACUUUGCGUCUGCAGUCGGCGUCGGCAGGCCCAAGAAGAUCCUGAUGCAGUACGGACCGAACGGCAAGAGCCUUGGAAGUGCGACCGUUAUCUUCAACAGGCCCGACCAGGCCUCCAAAGCCACCACUGCCCUCAACGGCGUCAAGAUUGACAACCGCCCCAUUCGCGUUGAUUUGCUCGUCAGCGCAGCGAACGUACCCGCCUCAACUAAGCAGUCUUCCCUUGCAGACCGCGUAACACAACCGAAGAAAGACAAGCCCAAGCCAGCAACCGCUGGCAAGGCCGCUCCUGCCGCUGGCAAGGGACGCGGUGAGGCUACUCGUGGCCGCGGUGGUCGCGCUGGUCGCGAGCGUCAGAAGAAGAAGACUGUUGAGGAGCUCGAUGCAGAGAUGGCUGAUUACUUCCCCACCGCCGAUGGUGGCAACGACGCCAUGGCUACAAACGGUGCCGCGGCCGUCUCAGCUCCCGCAGGAGGCGACACCGCCAUGGACGAUGAGAUGCUCUAA